GAAGGUCCAACAACGGCUCUAUCAGACGAGUGUUGGGGAUUUUGAUUUAUGAGUGACUCAAAUCUUCCGUAUCCAUUCACUCAAAAGAUUCAUCAGGAUCACCAGAAAACCCAGAGCUUUGGUUUGGCUGGGUGGAGAGGACCAGCCCCUCUGGCGUCAUCCUGCCAUUCCACACAGUCUUCACUUUCUUUGUUGUGCCAUGGAAAACUCUAUGUGUUGCAAGGAAACAAGCUGAUCAGCUAUAGGCUGACCUCAAGGAAUGCAGUCCAACAAACUCUCAGAUGAUGUGGAGGGAAAUCCUGACAGGGUGGAUCCCUUCUACCAGCAAGGAAUCGUAACAGGUCUCAACUUCAAGAAGAAUUCACAAGAGGAUCAGACCAGAGGUCUUCUUUCUGAUGAUAUUACACCCAUCCCAUUCCAGUACAAAGGUGACAGAGGGCCCUGCUCAGAUGGUUGGGUUUUAUAUAGGAACACCUGUUAUUUGAUAAUGAAUGUUUAUGGGACAUGGGAAUUAUCAAAGUCUUUAUGCAACGACUUUGGGGCGCACUUGAUGGUUGUGAACAAUGAGGAAGAGCUGGAGUUCAUUUCAAGAGUGGUUCAGAAGAGGACUGACUAUUGGAUUGGUCUCAAGAGGGACAAAAUUGGCCAGUGGUCCUGGGUUAAUGGAGAUAAUUAUCAUUCAAAUCCACAGUUCUGGGAUGAAAAUCAACCUGCUUAUUGGGGUAUGGAGUCCUGCUCUUACUUAAAAGGAUCUGACACAGUGCAUCGAAAGCUGAUGCAUGAUGCUGACUGUCACAGACAACUGUAUCACAUUUGUGAACGCAAACUAGAGAAAGGCAUGCGGUAGGAAACUUCGCCAUCAUGUCAACUGCAUUAGACUCUCCUAAAACCCAGCUCUGGACAUGCUCCUUCUGAAAUUGUUAGCUGUUUGUAAAUGUCCUCUUUUUGUUUGUAAACUGUACUUGCCUGACUGAUGCACAUUUAAUGUACUUUUGCUUUUCAUAAGUCACUUUUUAUAGUGUUCCAGUGUACAGUCCUGUUAAAUGAACACAUCCAGUUAAUUAAAAUGUUCACUAAAAUGAA